AGCGGCGGUAGUGGUGAGUUUAGCUAGGCCUGGCAGGGCUGGGAGGCUCGGACGGCGUGUGGCCGCAGCCGGGGAGCCUGAGGCCGGGGCGUCGCACGCAGGCGCUACCCGCCUGGGCCGUGAGCCGGCCGCGGCCUCGGCGGCGAGGCCUCCCGGAUGCCGGUUGGAGCUCUGCGGUGCAGAGCAGAGGCUGCGCCCGGGCCGCAGGCAAGGGUAGAAGGCCAACGGGUCCGCUCUCUGACGCGCGGUGGAUGCGGCGGCGGCGGCGGCGAUGGACGCCCUAGAGGAAGAGAGCUUCGCGCUGUCCUUGUGAGUCACACCGCCCGAGCCCGGGAGACUGAAGGCCGGGGCUGCUGGCGCUUGGCCUAGGCCUCCGCCCUGCGAAAACAGUGCCCUCAGUGGCGGUGGGGAACCAACAAGCCUUCCCCCACCCCACCCCACCCCAUCCAAGUUCCCGCUGUGGACUCUGCCGCUGCGGCGACCGCGGGGUUUCAGGCGCGGAGGACAGGAGCGCAGAGUGGUGUCGCGCGACGAUACACGCCUCUGUCACAAUCCCCCGGUCUCCAGUCCUUAGUCGUCAGCAAAACCUGGUGGGUUUGAGUGGCCGAGGCCCGCCCGACCGCGGGUCAGAAGAUUCGCCGCCACCACCACACGACCACCCCCAGGGACUCUAACUGCCCCUCCCCACCCCGGCCUGUGUGUUGACCGCACCAAGUUUACGCCCGCCCACAAGUAGAUUGGUGUGGGGUGAUAGUGAAGAUGCGCUCUUCUGCCUCUGAUGCAGAAUUUGAUGCUGUGGUUGGAUAUUUAGAGGACAUUAUCAUGGAUGAUGAGUUCCAGUUAUUACAGAGGAAUUUCAUGGACAAGUACUACCAGGAGUUUGAAGACACGGAAGAGAAUAAGCUUACCUACACACCUAUUUUUAAUGAAUAUAUUUCUUUGGUAGAAAAGUAUAUAGAAGAACAGCUGUUGGAGCGAAUUCCUGGAUUUAACAUGGCGGCUUUCACUACAACUUUACAGCACCAUAAAGAUGAAGUGGCCGGUGACAUUUUUGACAUGCUACUCACAUUUACGGAUUUUCUGGCUUUUAAAGAAAUGUUUCUGGACUACCGAGCAGAAAAAGAAGGCCGGGGACUGGACUUGAGCAGUGGUUUAGUGGUGACAUCACUGUGCAAAUCAUCUUCUGUGCCAGCCUCCCAGAACAAUCUGCGGCCCUAGAUCUCACCUUCAGGCUCCGGGCUCUUCCUGGACGUCACCAGCUCAAUAGACUGGGAGAGGCUUUGGCUAAUGAUGUCAGAAGAAUACAUCUUGGAAAGACUGACUCUUCUGCAACUCUUCAUUAAUGUUAAGUAUUGAUGGGUCAGAAGACAAUUACCUGACCUUUCUGGGACGAGACAUUCUUGGUUUUGGUAACCCUAGUACUCCUCCCCGAGUAGACCCCUUUCUCAGGCUUCGGAGUCUGGCUCCUGCAGCAAACCCGAGUCCAGCAUUCUACCUGGGAUGCCUGUCCCCAGCAUUCAUGUCAGGGUGUCCGUGUUGGGAAAAUUUACCAUCAUCAACUCUCUUGGCCCAGCAGGCCUUACAUGUCCCAGGAGGCUUUUCAUGCACCCACAGCUGAUCACAGUUUGAGUCCUACAGCCUCAGUGGGGGUUUUGACUGGGAGUAUUUAUCUAGGAGUUAAUUGCAGCUAGCUGCCCAUCUCAAGAUUUCUGAAAAUCCUACCAUCACAGCUAGUAGGAAUCAACUUAGAGAUUUCCUUUACCUAAAAGCUACAUGUGAAAAUCAAUUCCUAGUCUUACAUGUGCAGUCUUUUUAUCACUGUCUUCUACAGGUCCAGAUGUAGUCCCAUUGUUUUCAUAACCCUCGUUUAUGCGUUUUUGAAAAAAUAUUUUUAUAGAUGAAUACUCAGGCUAACCUAGUGGAUACAAUCUUGGAACUUCCAUGAUUACCCACUUCAAGAUCAAAGUAUUAUAUGCUGUGUGUAUUAUUUAGCUGUUAGUGCUAUGGGAGCUAAAAUGCUUUCUACCUUGGUCCAUUUUACUGGGUGCCAGUGAAUGUAUGCUGGAAGUAGCCUAAAAUAUAUCCUUUUCUUAGAGCAUGUUCACAUUUGUGCAGGUUUGCUUAAAACCCUUUCUGUGUAAAUCAGCUCCUUAGGUUUGGGGUAGGGGCUCUGCACUUCCUUCUUGGCUGUCAAAAUAAUCCUACCAAGAUAGUGUUCCAUGGUCUAGCUUAGCACGAGUAGGAGAUAGCAAACAGCUUUACUGGUCAUCUGCUUAGAUUCAGUACAUUGUCUUAUUAUAGUGUUGGAUAGGACAUUACUGGCCGGAAAACAUGGGUGAAAGAAAAAAAUGUAGUAGUUCAAUUCCCAAUGUGUACUUAGUUUUUUGUUUUUAUUUUUAAAGUAAAAAUAGGAAUUGCUACUAACUUUUCAGUUGACUCUUUUGGUUUUAAAGGAUGAGCUAUAGGCUGUGUGUUUUUCUGUACCGACAUGGCACUUAUUAAAUACUUUUGUACCAUGA